AUUUUGUUUCCCACUUUCCCACCAUUUGCUAACUUGGGCUUCUUCAGUUCAGCCCCUUUUUUCCCCCUCCAUCCCCUCUUUCUCAAUUAGGUUCAUUAGCACUCCUCAUUCAAUUUUGAACAGUGUUUGUGUGUGAGAAUCAACACUACUUCUCUUUAGCUUGUUGCUGGUUUCUGUGCUUUUGUUUGAGGAUGCUUACUUAUAUUGCUUAGUUUCUGGUUGAAGGAAGAUUACUGUGAAAAAGUGUUCCUGCCAUUAAGGCACGGUAGUUUGAUAGAGGAAGAAGAUGGAACAUACACAAUGUCGGGUUCAAAAAAGGGGUCAAAGGAAAAAGGAUUCAUUAUCUGAAGCAUCUCAGUUAAAAAAGUUAGCUAAAGGUGGAAUUUCUCACCAGGCCACGUUUGUAAACAUUAUUCAAUCACAAAAUAGUAAUGUUUUCCCAAAAUAUUUGUUCUUCCUACUUGUUCAUGGACACUACAAGAUUCCAAAGCUUAUGGCAAGUGCAGAUGAGAUGUAUCUUCGUCACUGCCUCGAAUCUGUACACAAUAGUGCAUUGAAAGCUUCCCAACACAAGAAAUCUGUGAGCUUAGAAGCCAACAACUUGUGGACUUCAGAAAAAAGCUUGAAUACAGAUAAAUUUAUUGGUGAAGCAGAAUGUGAUUCUAGUGAGUUAGUCUUGGGACAUUCUGUAGCUUCCAUAACUGAGAAUCUAGUUGUAAGUACUAAUGCUUCUGAUAAUUGGACUUUAGGCACAGUAAUGGGGACUAAGAGUAUGAUAAAUAUAUUGAAUAGUCCUUUGCUUCGGCAGGUUGGUGUUUCCGAAAGAGAUGACAAUUUGAACAGCAUGAACUUCACUGAUGCUAAAAACAUGAUAUGCUAUGGUUUUAUGGACUCUCCAAGUUCGUCAUAUAAACUAGAAAUGGAAAAACCAAUGGUGCAAAGUCAUAAGUAUGGUUCCAUUUCUGUGUCUCAAGGAAUGCUCCAGUGCACUUGGAAGCAAGGUGUUCCUCAUUUUGUUUUUUCUGCAGAUGAUCAGAAGGAGGUCUAUGUAGCCAAAUUGAGCAAGGCAGACACAACACAUUAUGCGGAUUUGGACUAUGUGUACCUGUUUCAUUUGAACAAGGGACGUGAGAUUCCUGACCGAGAUUUGCAACUUGUUGGUAAGAUGAAUGUAUCAACAUGUUACACCCUCUCCCCUGACAAUUGUAGAGUAAUGGAAACACGGUUUAUAUUAUUCGGUAAUGAUAAAUUUUAUGAUAAAGAAAUGUACACUUCAAGGCGUUCUCACAUGAAGAACAAGGGCAUGGCUAAGAAAGCAUCAAGAUCUAGUCCAUCGCCUAUACACAGAACACUCUCAAAGUUCAGUAGAUCAAAGGCCAUAAGAGAAAGUUGUCCAUUGGAUAAACAAUCAUGUGGGCUAGAUGGGACUAAUUUAAUAGAAACUAAUGUUCCCACAAAUUUUGAGUUGGCUGCUAUUUUGGUCAAAGACCAUCUUCUCUCUCACAGCUUGGAUAAAGUAGGAGGCUGGGGUUUGAAAUUUCUCAACAAAUCUGGUGUGAAUCAUACUACAUUGCCAUCUGAAAGUUGUAACCAAAAUACCAGGGAUUGCUCAAGUAGCAUAAGCAUUCUCGUUCCAGCAGGUCUUCAUGGUGGACCUAGAACCACUCACGGUGGUCCAUCUAGUCUUGUAGAUAGAUGGAAAUCUGGGGGGUGCUGUGACUGUGGUGGUUGGGAUGAGGGAUGUCCCUUAACAGUACUUCAGAGAAGAACUAUCAAUGAGGAGAUUCUGUCUCAUGUAGAUACACAAGGAGAGUGCAAGUCGGUUGAUUUAGUUACUCAGGGUUCAAGCAAUUUCAGCCCCACCUUGAGGAUGGUGAAUGUUCAUGAUGGUUUAUAUUUUAUUGAUUUUCAACCAUCCUUGUCUGCACUACAGUCUUUCUCCAUCGCCGUGGCGAUUAUUCAUACACAGAGUCCUACUCUUCGGCCUAAUAGUACACAGGAGCUGUGACAACAGAAGAAAAAAGUUGAGGUUAUUAGCAGGCAUAAUCCUUUGGUAUGUUGAAUGAGUUGAUGAGAAGAUUUAGGUGAAUACAUGAAUCAAGUUUUCAAUUUUCAUUCCAUUGUUUAUGGUUGUUAUUUGUCAUACAGUCCAAGGUAACCUUAUCUAGGAGAACUAGCUCUGCUUGUCCAUUUCUCUCGAUUCUUGUAAGCAUCUUUUCUCCCUUCUUUUUGCUGAAAGGGGUUGAAUGUAAAAGCUUCUGAUGAAGAAAAUUUGGUAAAUCCUAGGCA